AUGAAAGAUACUACUAAUAAUACCUUCAAAAAGACUGUUGAACUGAAAGACGCUGACGUUGUCUGCGGUCGCGGUGGACUUGCCAACAAACAUCCUGGCAAUCGAAUUCUUCGCCGAAUCUGCAGUGAAAACAAGUCGCUCUAUCAAUCUACCAUGAAUCCUGCCCACAAGCAAUGUUUGAUCGCUUCCAUUCUCAUGGCCAUUCAACAGCAUGGAGGAAGGUUCGUCUCCCGCACCAAGAGUGGACUCUGGGAAGAAAUCUCGGAUAAGAAGGCCAAGGAAAAGACGGCCCAACUAUUGAGAGAAAGCGACGCUCCCAUUACCAGCAUGACCAGCAAGCCAAUGACCAUCGCACGAACCAAGCCUGUGGUUACAAUGGAUUCAAGCAGGAACGACUAUAUGACUCAAACUGAAGCUCAACUGCACCAACCCAUGCUCAUUCCUCCGGAACCAACUCUUCCAGCACAAAUCAACUUCAAUGCCAAUUAUACUGCUACCCACCACCGCCAGGUCACCCCCGACACUGUUUCCAGUGACGAUUUUAGCUUUCCCAUGCAAACUUUUGUUCCGGGAACAUUGCCACUCCCAUUGCCACCGGCGCCAGUGGCUCCAAUGGCACCCACGCGGGCCUUUGAUGAUGGUGAUCUCUUUGAUUUGAUUCCAUUGGAAGCCGCCGGGAGCUAUGGCAUCGAAAGCAACCCAGAGUUCCAAGACUUGUGUCAUGUCUUGAGCGCGGCAUGCUGA